AUGAGUCUUUGUCUUCAACAGAAAACAACAAAAAAUUUUAACAAUAAUCUGAGCAAGAAAGCUCAACGCGGCCGUUCUGGUUCGCCAACAAAUGAAAGAGCAACUAAGAAACAACAACUUGAUAUCCCAGACUUCUCAACACCUAUCUCUGACAACAAAACUGAAAAGAUAUACUGA